GGAUCACAGUGGGUCUAGGAGACUUUUGGGUCACCAGGUACCUUCGGUAUCUUCAUUGUGGAGAACGCGUCACGAAAAGGUACCUGUCAGGACUUGUGGACUGUAAGCAGUUUACCACAUGUCAAGUGUGUGUCAGUUUCAACAAAACUGUUCUUAACACCCAACUCUGCUAGACUGGAAUUCUAACAACAUUCUUAUCCCUAUCUCACAGAUGAGGAAGAUGGGGCUCUUCGGGAUUAGAGCACUGGCUGAUGGUCACACAGCUAGCUACCAAAGGGUGGAUCCGGAAGUAUGCUGAUAGUUGAGAUAGAAAUUUUUGGCAAGAAGCGAUAAGAGGAGGAACCUGGAAGAACUCCCUGCUCUAGAAGAACACAAGGAGGCUGGGACCCUGUCCCCAGGGCUUGCAUUGCCCUGGGUGUCCUGCCGGGAUCCAGCCACAGGGGUGACCCAAGCCAGAAACUGACUCUCUCCUCUGCAUCGCCCACCUCUUCUUGCUCCUGGGAAGUCCUUCCCUGACUCUAACCUCAGUCCUCCUGCUUCUGCCCCCACUGUCCCAGCACGCAGGCAGAUCAGUGCCACCCAGCCCCGCUGCUCCCUCUUCCUGCAGCCCGUAACCGGAUGCUGUUUGCUCCCCAGCAGGUAUCCCGGCUUCCUGUGUCUGGAUCUCCUCCUCUCCGGACCCUGAGCGGAGGGUGCCCCUGCCCAGCCCACUGACCUUUGCCUGUGUGAGCCCUGGUUAAUUUUUGCCCAGGCUGUAGACUGUGGGGCUCUCCUCCCUCCGCCUCAGGGAUAUAAGUCUGGCCCGAGGCUGCCUUGCUCCUCACCGUCCUGCACCACCCCCAGCUCCCCCCUGCCCUCACCAUGGCCAAGGGCUUCUACAUUUCCAAGACUCUGGGCAUCCUGGUCAUCAUCCUGGGGGUGGCAGCCGUGUGCACCAUCAUCGCUCUGUCCGUGGUGUAUGCCCAGGAGAAGAACAAGAACACCGGGAGCUCCACCGAGGGCUCCACGGCAGGCCCCACGAAGCCCAUGACCACUACAGCCACCACCACGGCCACCACCUUGGACCAAAGCAAACCAUGGAACCAUUACCGCCUCCCCAAGACUCUGAUUCCCAGCUCCUAUAACGUGACGCUGCAGCCCUACCUCACCCCCAACAGUGAGGGCCUGUACACCUUCCACGGCAGCAGCACCGUUCGCUUCAUGUGCAAUGAGUCCACCAACGUCAUCAUCAUUCACAGCAAGAAGCUCAACUACACCGACAUGCAGGGGCAAAGGGUGGCCCUGCGGGGCGUGGGGGGCACGCAGACCCCCACCAUUGACACGACCGAGCUGGUGGAGCUCACUGAGUACCUGGUGGUGCACCUCCGGGAGCCACUGCAGGUCAAUGGCCAGUACGAGAUGGACAGCAAUUUCCAAGGGGAGCUGGCUGACGACCUGGCGGGCUUCUACCGCAGCGAGUAUACAGAGAACGGUGUCAAAAAGGUGCUGGCCACAACACAAAUGCAGGCUACACAUGCCCGGAAAUCCUUCCCAUGCUUCGACGAGCCAGCCAUGAAGGCCACGUUUAACAUCACCCUCAUCCACCCCGUCAACUUCAUGGCACUGUCCAACAUGCUGCCCAGAGGCCCCAGCGUCCCUUUUUCGGGAGAUGGCAACUGGAGUGUCACCGAGUUUGAAACCACGCCUGUAAUGUCUACUUACCUGCUGGCCUACAUCGUUAGUGAGUUCAAGAACGUGGAGAGGAUAGCGCCCAGUGGCGUCCUGAUCCGGAUCUGGGCUCGGCCUAGUGGGAUCGACCAGGGCCAUGGAAAUUAUGCCCUGAAUGUGACAGGCCCCAUCCUAGACUUCUUUUCCGCACAUUAUGACACACCCUACCCACUCAACAAAUCUGACCAGGUCGCCUUACCUGACUUCAACGCCGGCGCCAUGGAGAACUGGGGGCUGGUGACCUACCGGGAGAACUCCCUGCUCUAUGACCCGCAGUCCUCCUCCAGCGGCAACCAGGAGCGAGUGGUGACCGUGAUUGCUCACGAGCUGGCCCACCAGUGGUUUGGGAACCUGGUGACCUUGGAAUGGUGGAAUGACCUGUGGCUGAACGAGGGCUUUGCCUCCUACGUGGAGUACCUGGGCGCCAACUAUGCAGAGCCCACCUGGAAUCUGAAAGACCUCAUGGUGCUGAACGACGUGUACAGGGUGAUGGCCAUAGAUGCGCUGGCCUCCUCUCACCCGCUGUCCUCACUUGCCAACGAGGUCAACACGCCGGCCCAGAUCAGCGAGAUGUUCGACUCCAUCUCCUACAGCAAGGGAGCUUCGGUCCUCAGGAUGCUCUCCAGCUUCCUGACGGAGGAUCUGUUCAAGAAGGGCGUGGCGUCCUACCUCCACACCUUUUCCUACAAAAACACCAGGUACCUGGACCUGUGGGACCACCUGCAGAAGGUCAUAAACGAUCAAACAACCGUCAAGCUGCCGAACACCGUGCACAACAUCAUGGACCCCUGGAUCCUGCAGAUGGGCUUCCCGGUCAUCACCGUGAACACCUCCACGGGCACCAUCUCCCAGGAGCACUUCCUCCUUGACUCCAAGUCUGUCGUCACCCGCCCCUCACAGUUCAACUACCUGUGGAUUGUGCCCAUCACUUCCGUCAAAAAUGGCAUGCAGCAGGCGGACUACUGGCUUCAAGGCGUUGCACAGGCCCAGAAUGACCUGUUCAAAACCCCAGCUAAUGAGUGGGUCCUGCUGAACCUCAACGUGACGGGCUACUACCUGGUGAACUAUGACGAAGAGAACUGGAGAAGGAUCCAGACUCAGCUGCAGACAAACCUGUCGGUCAUCCCUGUCAUCAACCGGGCUCAGGUCAUCCAUGACACCUUCAGCCUGGCCAGUGCCCAAAAGGUCCCUGUCACCCUGGCGCUGAACAGCACUCUCUUCCUGAUCCAAGAGAGAGAGUACAUGCCCUGGGAGGCCGCCCUGAGCAGCCUGAGCUACUUCAAGCUCAUGUUCGACCGCUCUGAGGUCUACGGCCCCAUGAAGAGCUACCUGAGGAAGCAGGUCACGCCUCUCUUCGAUUAUUUCGAAAAAAUCACCUACAACUGGACGGUUCACCCACAGAACCUGAUGGAACAGUACAGCGAGAUUAACGCCGUCAGCACCGCCUGCACCUAUGGGGUUCCUAAGUGUAAGGAGCUGGUCUCAACUCUUUUCGCAAAGUGGAGGAAGGACCCCCAAAAUAACCCGAUCAACCCCAACCUGCGCUCCAUCAUAUACUGCAACGCCAUUGCCCAGGGUGGUGAGGAGGAGUGGAACUUCAUGUGGGAACAGUUCCAAAAGGCCACGCUGGUAAACGAGGCCGACAAACUCCGUGCAGCCCUGGCCUGCAGCAACCAGGUCUGGAUCCUGAACAGGUACCUGAGUUACACCAGGAACCCUGACCUCAUCCGGAAGCAAGAUGUCACCUCCACGCUUAGCAGCAUCGCCAGCAAUGUCGUCGGGCAAAAUCUGGUCUGGGACUUCGUCCAGAGCAACUGGAAGAAGCUCUUUGAGGACUUCGGCACUGGCUCCUUCUCCUUCUCCAACCUCAUCCAGGCAGUGACGCGACGGUUCUCCACGGAGUUCGAGCUGCAGCAGCUGCAGCAGUUCAAGAUGAACAACAUGGACGUAGGCUUCGGCUCAGCCACUCGGGCUCUGGAGCAAGCCCUGGAGAAGACCAAAGCGAACAUCAAGUGGGUGAAAGAAAACAAGGAAGUGGUGCUCAAUUGGUUCACAGAAAACAGCUAAUAGUCCUUGGUCCUUAACCAUCACCUGGCCCCCCAUGUGAGAUGCCUCUAUGUGUCUGCCCCCGUGGCCCACGGCAGUACCCCAUUCCUGGAGCCUGAGGCGAUGGUGUCCUCCACUCAGGGACAAAGUCUCUGGUCCACGUUUUCUCCAGUCUGCCCAGGAACCUAUCCAGUUCCUGAUGACCAGACUGUCCAAGCACCUUCCAGCCCCUGCCCCUCAUGCCAACCCCCACCCCAGGCCUGGCAUGGUGCCUGUCACCCAGGGCCCUGGGGCUGAUCUCAGGGAAGCCCAGCUCUAGGGCCAGAUGAGCAGAAGCCCUCAAUGGACGAUGGAUGGCCUUGGGGGGGUAGCCCUGUGCCCGCUCUCACCUUCCCAUAAAGACCCCGAACCUAAAGAAUCAACAGGGCACAAGAUCUAUAUAUAUUUUUUUUCUAAGAGAAAAUGUAAAUAAAGGAUUUCUA